AUGGCCGUGGGAGGCUGUGAUGGUAUUCUUUUGCCAACUUUGAGUGAGAAUCUGCGUGAGCUGUACCAAGCCAUAGCCUCUGCAGCAGCAGAGCCGAAACCCGAAGAAUCAGAAAAGAGUUCACAGCACAUCCUGGAAGACUUUCACUCAAGACGAACAAUUAGAAGGCUGGUCUUGGACAGCCCUACUUUUUCUUCCAUUCUUUUUAAGAAGGCCUUGUCUGGAAAGUGUUGGUCAUGGGCUCAAGGACACUGUUCAAGGAUAUUAUAUGCUUUCUUAGAGACUCAAGAUGUUCAAGUGCGUGAGAUGGCUAAGGAAGAGCUGCAAGUGUUGGUGGACGAAGGUGCUCUAAAGAUCACAGGAACCAAAAAACCCGAAUGAUGCAGCCAGUAUUGCUGAAUCACUUGGUGGUUUGUGUUUCAGUCUUUUCAAACAGGUUUCUACUAGGUUUUAGAGAAUCUGGGAUUAUGUCAAAGUUUUAUUUUUUUCUUCCUUCUAUGGUUUAUUACUUUAAUGCAGCUUCAAACCCCACCUUUACAAUGUACUCAUACUCAAUCUUUAGUUGCAUAUGUAUUAAUUAAUAUCACAUUCUUGGUUGUUGAAGCUGAAAACAUUUAUAUGUAUUUGUGUUAUUAGUUAUUAGAGGUUAAAGAAGAGACAAAGAGCAUCCUUGGCGAUGCUUCUUCUUUUCUUUCGUGGUAGGCAAAGCAACUUCAUCACUUUCUUUACCAAUCUCUACGCGCUCUUUCACUACUAUCUCCACUGUUUCAUCAUAGUGUUCUCAAAUACAUGGUGGAGGAAGCCAUACAUACAAGAUCACAACACAAAAGUAUUUUGAUUGGAAAUAUAAAAUAAGACUGAACAAAA